UGAAGUUUAUCCUGCUUCACUCAAACAGACUAUUAAAAUUCUUCUAAAUUUGCCCGCUAAACUGCUGCUGUUCCGCUUAUGAAUUACAUUUCUAUAUCCUGGCCAGCCUGUUGUGAUAUCUCAUAUGGUAAGUCUUUAAGAAUGUGUUUUUAUCCGAGACAAAGGCCAGAAAAGUCCUGUCAGGGUUAGCUGAUAAGCUAGGCUAAGGUGAAUUUAUAACUCACUUUAUGUUUGUUUACCUCUAAAGUUUAAAACUCACUAUAAUAAUCAGAGAAUAUAGCCGAAUAUUUGUUCUUAGAUUAAACAGUCUUUUUGCAUAUGUUUCUGAUUCAUAGCUUUGACUAUUUGCGCAUAUUUGAUCACAUUGGUUUAAAUGAUUGAUUUUGUCAUAGGUAUAAGUCAAUGUAAGCUUCAAACUUUUAGUUUUACCCGUUUUUUUCUUCUAGCAUUCGAUUGAUUUAUCCUAGAAUCUUUAAUUUAAUGGAAACAAAUCGCCAAAUGCUGUGCCAUGAAUUGAUAACUGUAGCUGAUGUUUAGCUGUAUCCUUUAGCAUCCUAUCACAUCCAUGCAAAUCUGUCAUUUUAUUUCACUAUGCCACAAAGCUGAUGUAUUGAUCAGAUUUCAAUUUCACCUCACCUGCUGCCUGACAGAUCCCACCCCUUGACAGAUGACUCCAUGGAGGGUCUUUAAUCCCACAUGUCAAAGUGUAAUGGCUGAUUGAUGGACAUCUGAAACCCUCCCAGCCUUUUGUCCUCUAAAAUGAUAAAUGAUAUCAUCUGCUGUUUCACAGAGGAAAGCAAUGAGAAUUCGGUCAGGUUCACCUCCAAUCCAUGUGCAUGUCAACGACGCCACACCUGUCCAUGUCCAUGUACAGAGUAAAAGUCCUACGAGGACACCUCAGGUUAGACGUUUACAUCUUAAUUUGUUUGUCUUGUGUCACUUAAUUUGAUAUAUAUUAGUGUAAAUGUGCGCCUCCUUAGUCUUUCCUCUCAUUCCUGUGAUGUGUCUGUUUUACAGAGCAAGGUCAAAGCCAACAGAGGAGUCCUCCAUCCUACAGCCAAGAUCAAAACUCGAGUACCGUGGAUACCACCAGGGAGGGCCUCCAUACGGGAUGCUACACAUGUGUGGGAGGUAACCCACCAUUUAGAACCAUUAAACUCAGACAUUAGCCUUCGUCAGAGGGGUUUUUACGUUAAAAUCAAGUAAAGGCAGAGAUGUUGAUAGAAUAGAAUAGAAUUCAACUUUACUGUUAUUGCACAUGUCACAAGUACAGAGCAACGAAAUGCGGUUUGCAUCCAUCCAGAAGUGCUCAGCAAGUAUGAAUAUGUUUACAAAUGUACAGGGUAUGAAGGAGAUAAACAAUGAGUCUAUCACGGGUAUAUAACAUUGUUAUGAAUAUGCUGUAUUGUAUAUAUGUACAGGCUAUGAACAGAUUAUACAUAUGGUUAUAAAUAUGAAGGCUAUAAACAGACUAUAAAUAUGAUUCAUGACAGAUAAAUUAUACAGUAGUGCAAUAUUGGAUGUAUUUACAGUAGUGCAAAUGAGGUUUGAAAGGUUUAAAAAGUUGUUUUACGGAUAUAAAGUGUGGGUAAUAGUAGAUAAUUAUUAGUGGUUGAUGUGUUUGCACCAAGGGGCCAACGCACCGCCUUGAGAUCACGCCACCACAGCCUGGACCAGAACCAGAACCAGAACCUCCUCAAUCUGCACUACGAUUAGCUGACCUCACGUCAGAGGAGGAGGAGGGUCUGCACGGGAGAAUAAGCGAGUACGAGAGGAAGAUCGACAGCUUGAUGAGUGAAGUCAGCUCUCUAAAGAAUGAGGUCAGCACCUCCUCUAGAUGACAGGAUGCAUAUGUCUGCUGUGGUCCAAGGAUUUGUUUUACAUCACUUGGGUGUUCCUGUUGAUGUUUGUGUGUUUUUAGGUGGAGCUGCGGAAGAAGGAGCAGCUGCUGGAGCGUCAGUCGGAGCAGCUGAACGUCUCCCAGCGAGUGAUUGCUGAACAGGAGGAGGAGCUGGUGGAGGUGACGAAGGAGCUGGAAGAGACAGAACGAGAGAACACACGGCUACGUCUGUCUAUGGAGAAGAUGCUGGAGGAGAGCGACUACGGCAGGUCAAUAUCAUACUCAGCUUUUGAGGAGUUUGACUCAGUCUCCUCACGCUCUACGAGCCUGAUUGUACCUUGAGGUCCUCGGCCAAGGGUCUGCUGACCAUUUCACAGUCCAGGCUGAGGACCAAGAGGGACCAGGCUUUUUCUGUUAGGGCCCCAACACUGGAUCAAACUGCCUGCCUCAGGUUCCUUAUCCUCUUUUAAAAUGUUUCUAAAAGCUCAUUUUUAUAGGUGUCUUUUUCAUACAUGAGUUUUAACUUACUUUUUAGUUUGCAGUUUUUAACAGUUUUUACUUAUUUCAUUAACUUUUAAUUGGUUCAAGUUUAAUUUUAUAUUCAAUUUUAACUCAUUCCUGUGUGUUCUGUUGACUGUUUCAUCGUAUUCCUACUGUCUUCCAUUUCUUUUCUAUUUUCAUGUCAUGAAGCACUUUGUAACUCUGUAUUGAAGAACUGAUAUGAAGAUAAAGUUCAUCAUUAGUAGUAUGACUAAAUACACUCAUGUCCUCGUCUUCAGGUUAGAUCGAGAUAGUCUUAACAAAGACAGAGAUGCUCUGCUCAGGAAGCUAAUGGAGGCUGAAGUGGACUGGGCAGCAGCUGCCAAACAAGUUUCAGAGCUGAAAGAGUCUGUGUCCAAACUCUGUAAAGGGAGCGGCAGUGUAAGUGUCAACUCAGUAUGUGUGUUCACUAUAUAUCAGAGAAAAAGGUGGCUGUAUAUCCAGACCAUCAGCUGUGAUUAAAAUAAGUUCUCUAAUUCAGUGACUCAUCUCUGUAGCAAAAAAUCAACACACAUACUGUACACGUUACAAGUGAAACAGCUGCAUAAAGAAGUUUAAAGAUUAUAUGAACCAUUGUUUUUCUGUCAAUGUCUCAGCAGAAGAAACUCUCUGGCUCUGAGUCUUCGGUCUUGGCUCGUCAGAAGGAUCUGCUGCUGCAGAAACUGGAGACAUUCGAGGCCACAAACAAAACACUGCGACACCUCCUCAGAGAACAGCACAGCUCACAGGUACAGGCUGGGAAAAGUAUCUUCAUAACAGUGUAAGCAAACACCAGGGAGUCAAAUUCAGCAGAUUAAUGUGACAUGAGUAACUUCCACUCAGAGCAGGCCUAUUCUCCAAACUCCCUGGUGUUUCUUCAACUUCUUAUACACCUUUCUUAGACCCCAUGAAGAUUUCAAUGAGGGUGAAGGAAAAAAGGAUGGAACAGGAUUUAGAGGACGUUUUUGACUUUUCCUUUGCUGGUUACAAUCCCUUUGGUGUUUUUUUACACAAGCCUCUGUAACUAUGAAUGUGAGAAAGAGCAGGUGCAAGUGGUUCUGAGUGCGAUGUAAAAGCAUUAGGAUAGUGGAUAAAACAACUUCAGGCACUGUGAUUUUAGUGAACCAUUUAGUCAAUGACAAAUCAAGAUAGUUCUUACACGUCUCCAAAUGUAUAUAGCCUUUAAGUCUAGACUAUAUGUGUUGUUUGAUUUGUUUUGCAGAGUUCCAUAGCUAACAUCUGUUAAGCACAUAUACUGUAUAUGUAGCGUUUUGUAUGUCUGUUUGUGAGCAGAUGGAGACGUCACGAUUGUCAGAGCAGAAAGAUGCUUUGCUCAAGACGCUGGCCGACACAGAGGCAGAAAAUGCUGUGAGUUCAAUAGAUCCAUACUUAUUUUUUCUUUUCUUUUCCAAUGAGUUAUCUUUGCAUUUUCAAAGAUAUUAAAGCAAAUGAAGUUCUCCUUCUGUUUGUGAAAUCUGCUUUUUUUUCGCAGCACCUUGUGGUGAAACUUCAAGAGAGAGAGAGAGAAGUCAAUCAAUUCUGCAAACUUCUAGAUGUCGAGCAGGUAUGACGGCUGGCAGCAUAUGUUUAAUCCUUUGGUUUUGAAGCACAAUAUAAAAAUGUAUUUCAUGUAUAUUUUGCUAUAUUUUGGAAAAGGAAAAUGCAAAGAGCACAGCCGAACUUUCCAAGAGUCUGGAGUCGACCAGAGCUCACUUACAAGGACAGCUCCGGAGUAAAGAGGCUGAAAACAACCGACUCAACGUGCAGAUAAAGGUUUGUCAUUGUCUGUCAGGAACACUAAGGCUGCUGUCACAAAAACAGCUGGUAAAACUUUUAAGAAACUGUUUCCUGUCCUCUACUGCUCAUUUAAAAGCGCACACAGUGAUUAUUUUUUGGUCCUGUCAUUCUGUCUGUUCAGAAUCUCGAGCGAGCGGCCAACCAGCAGAAAGCAGAAGUGGAGCGACUGAAGGAGCAGCUGGCAGCGAUGAAGCAGCAGGCCAGUUUUGACCGAGAAGCUCUGAAACGAGCCACGAGAGCGCAGAAACAACGAGCAGAGCGCAGUGAAGGCACUGCAGGCCAGCUCAGCGUUCAGCUCCUGGAGAUGGUAUGGACUGGGUUAAUUAAUCUGAGAAUGAACUCCAUUUGUGUAUUCUUGUAAAAAUGUAAAGUCUGGGUCUGUGUCUGGAUUUUAGUAAGAGAAGUGUUCUGGUUUCUGUAUAUGAUCUAAGAAGUGACAAAUCAGGUGUCAGCAUAGCCUGGCUGGGCCAUCCUGUUGCAUGAAUCACUUGCCGUUCCUUCCCACAACUUUUGUUUUUGCUGUAUGAAGAGCAAAAGUAGGAGGAACACAUUACUCUGUACUGACAUCCCAGCUUGUGUGGAUGGUAAUCUAAAGAAGAAAAAAAAACAAUCAAGUUUAUCAGUUUGAACAUCAAAUAUCUUGUUUUUGUAGUGUAUUCUACUGAAUAUAGGUCAAAAAGGAUUUGCAAAUCAUUGUAUUUUGUUUGUAAUCAUAUUUUACAUGAUGUCCCGACUUCAGUAGAAUUGGGGUUUGUAUGAAGUAAAAGUGCAGUUUGCAGGAACAGAGUUAUCAGGGCUGAGUAUUGACUUCACAGUUAUCCCUAAAAAAGUCCAUAGAUCCCACAGAUUUUUAUCACCAUCAAGAGCCAGUGAAUCCUGAGACUGACAAAGACGCAGACAUGUAAGGUUUAUUUUAUAGCUAGAUAUAAGAAAUUUGAGGUGAAGUGUCAUAUAUCUAAGGAACACUUUAUUACUGAUGAAGUAUUCUUUUGUUUGUGGGCAUUUGUUGUGGUACAAGGAGCCAUCAGCAUACAGCCACAUAUUCUGUUAACACUGCUGCCUGUCAAAAUAAAGCAAGUCUCAUAAUAUCUGAUUUUCUUCCUGCAGGAGAAGCAGGUGUCAGAGGCACUGACAGCAGCAGAGAGCUGGCAGAGUCGACAUGCUCAAGAAGUGAAAGAAAAGAGUAAACUGGAGAUCGAAGUGUCGCUGCUGAAAAGGUAACUGCAGCUUCUUUAUAGUCACAGCUACAAACAUAACAGGUGUCUGUGUUUGAAAUGAAAAAAAACCACACUGAUUUGGAAGCAGUUUAGUUUUACCUCUUGGAGAUUCAAAGUGUUGCUGUUACUAAAAGAUGAUAAGUAGUUCAGAGCUGCUGGAGCCUUGUUGUUUUCAUUUAUGAUUCACAAAAUGACAGCUUGUUGUGUGAAUUAAUGCAGCCGUGUGGCAGAGCUGACGGAGCAGCUGCAGAGCUCAGAGGAGAAGAGCCGAGCAGAGAGAGAGGCUCUGCUGGAUCACCUUCACAUUCUGACCACAGAGAGCACUGCUGUCAAAGUGGAGAACCAGACGCUCAAGGUGAGAGACCUGAUGGUCUACAGAAAGCAGAGGGCCAUUCAUCACAGUCAAAACAUGAAAAUCUGAAGAUAAGCUCAGUGUCUACAUAUUUGUCAUGAUCUGUUUCUUGGAUAAUGUCAUUCCCCUGUCCUCUCUGAUACACUCACACUGAGGAGUAUUACAUUAGGGGGAUAGGCUGUCCUCGUGAUUUAAUAACGAAUGAAUUAAUCUGUCAGGCUGCAGCGUCUGCAGUUGAGGAGAAGCUGUCCUUGUCUCAGUCGGAGCUCCAGCAGGUCAAAGCUUCAAUCCAGCAGUAUGAGAGUCUGCUGGACAGCUACAAGAUCCAGGUACAUCAAGACUUCUCUACAGGAGGAAAUAAACCUGAUAAGAUCAUAAUAGUUCUGCAAAUUUAAGACCAAAGGACUCUGACCGGGGGUAUUUCUAAACCUGGGUCCUUUUUAAACCUAAUUGUGGGUUUGAAUGACUCCCGGAUCCAGAAAGUUUUGGAUGUACUUCAGCAGAUUGUUCAGCUUGCAGCAGUGAAACAGGCUUUAAUGGCUACAUCGUAACUCUGCCAGUGUGUCUACUAAAAGUAUUUAUUCCCUGACAGGCUCAGAUUGCUAUUUCAAUUAUCUAACAAUGUUAUAGAAAGGAUCCCCACAAAAGAAAAGAUGUUUUUAUCAUAGAGAAAGAUAUUUUUCAACAAGUAACAGCUGCUUCUAUUAAAACAACCAGACUUCACUCAUAAAAACAGUGAUUUUUACCUCAUAAAAUACAGAAGUUGCUGAUUGAGUCCUAUUGUUACUGUCUCAUUGCCUUGUGUUGUUUUGUGCUUUUUGGUGUUUAAAGGUAAGUACAGAUCCAAUAUAGCUUUUGGGUGACAUAGAUUUAUACAAAAGACACAUACCAAUCAGUGCAGCAGCAUUGGUGAAGUGGCUCUUUUGUCCUGUGAGGUUAAACGGCUAUUUUUGUUUAUGGAGUCUGGUGUGUCUGUAAAGAGUGAAGUAACAGCUAUUUCUGGUUUAAAAAAUAUCUCUCUGUAGGGAUCCUUUAUGUCAUUUUGUCUGAGCCUGUCAGUAGAGAAAAAGGCCUGGGUUAGAUGCAUUGGCCUCUUACUCUGCACUGUUACACUGCUGCAGGCUGAAACUAUCUACUGAAGUGAUUCCAAAAAAUUUGAGCCUACUUAUUAUUUCCCCCCAACAACAUUUGAAACAUGUCCCACAUUCAAAACUAGCUGACAAAUUUUUAAUGAUUUUUUUUUACUGCACAGGUCGGGAAAACUCGAGCUGAGGCAGACGAGUACUGCACCCGACUGGCCCAGGCAGAGCGAGAGGCGCAGUCAGUGCGGGCGGAGCUGGAGAAGGAGAUAGAGGAGGUGCGAAGAGAGCUGCUGGGUCGGCUCACGGAGCUCGAGCCUCUUCCUGAAGCUGUACGGCGCUCCAAAGUACAGCUGCAGGAGGCUCAGGAGAGAGAGCGCAGCCAGGAGAAGCGCAGCAUGGAGCUCAGCACCACACUGACAGAUCUACGCAUGAAGGUUUCAACACACACACACACACACACACACACACACACACACACACACACACACUACCAUCAUCAAAAAACAUGCUCAUAGCAAUGGUCAUGUCUGCAUGUUUGCAUGGGAAGGUGGGACAUUUCUUUUUCAAAAAAUAUUUAAUAGUUUUUAGAGACUAUUAAUCAAUAUUUUUGCUCUUAAAGUCUGUCUUUAUUUGUUAUGUUAAAGGAAGACUACUCUUUUUUACACUAUCAUUCUCUGGAAGCUCAAAUACCUUAACAGUGACAGAGCAACUUCUCUUCUGUCGCUGUAGGUGGAGACUCAAGGCAGCCAGAUGGAGCUCCUCAGAAAGAAGAACAAGCUGCUGAUGGAGGAGAACAGACAACUUCAGCAGAAAGUGGACAGCUUGGAAAGGUCUGUCCUCUUAUAAUUCACUUAAACCCUGAACCAGUUCAUUCCAGCUUUUGAGAUAUAAAGCCAACACAGAGUAAACAGUGAAACAUUUCUUUUUGGGGAUUCACAUUAAGUUAAAUUUGCCACUGUCUCUUCUCAGAAUUACUGGCCCCACCAGUGUAACCACUUGUCCUGUGAAAUAUAUUGUGAUUCAGAAAAUAACAAUCAAGAAUUUUCUUGUUAAGUCAGGAAUCCCAACAAAAACAUAAGUCAGUACUUUAACUGAACAGAGCAGGCAGAAGAAACCUGCAAUCAGCAAGUCUGUCAGUCAUGUGAGCAGAUGGUCAUAUUGAGCCCCAUUAACAGUUUCUGUCUAAUGUAGAUUAUAUACAUGCAUACUUGAGUGACAUCAAAUGUAAUGACAUGUACAGUUUGAGUACCAAUCUACCAUCUUCAUGAUUUGACUGGAAGCACCAGUUCAUUGUUAAAUUUAGCCGUUUAUUGUUAUUGUCAUUUUGCAGGAAGCUUGAGGAGGCUGGCAGUCAAAACGGGGACCUGCUUGCUGUUGUUUCCAAACGAGAAGAGACAAUCCACAGCAACCAGCUCCGCCUGGAGGAAAAAUCACGAGAGUGUUCGCUGCUGAACCGAAAGCUGGAGGAGGCUCUGGAGGACGCUCGACAACAGGUCUGCAAACUGAUAGGGACUAUUAAACAUCUAAAGAAUACAAUUUUUUUGUUGGUAGCGCUGCUGCAUCAGGAUACAUUGAAUGAAAUCUGUCAAAAAGGAUUAAAGACACAAAGGUUAUUCUGCAGAGAGAUGCAGUAUAAUUUGUCAAAAAGUUACACUUAGGUUCCAGUCUCUGUUUUCUCAGCACUUCAAGAAAGACUUCAUUUUCGACAGAUAGUAAUUUCACUGACAUCUGUGUUACAAAGGGAGAAGCAGGUGCACACCAUCAGUAUGUCAUGUUUAAAGGCUGGAGCAGCAUCAAGAAGCAUUGAGUUAAGGAAGCAUGAAGCAGUCUCCUUGGUUGAGUUAACACUGUUUCAUUUUAGUGUUACACCCAGCAGUAUCUUCAGCAUGGGUGUGUCUGCUUUGUGUAAUUAUAAGCAUGCCCCUAACAGUAUGUGUUGUACUUUUUAACAGCUUCUCCUGCACUGUAAUUAAGUCCAAUUUGUCAUAUCUGAUAGAUGUCAGAGACCAGAGAGCGAGCUUCAACCAAAGAGCGCUCCACCCAGUCAAAGAUCCUGGAUCUGGAGACUCAGCUUAGUCGCUCAUCUUCAGAAAUCAAGCAGCUGCAGCGCAGCAAAGAGGAGGUAAAGUUUAAAGUUAAUUCCAAGUCUGAAUCAGCAAGGCCAGGAAGUGUUUUAACUGUCCAAUCAUGUUUCCAGGUGGAGCGGCGGUACCAGAGCAGACUGCAGGAUGUGAAGGAUCGUCUGGAGCAGUCUGACAGCACCAACCGCAGCCUGCAGAACUACGUCCAGUUCCUCAAAUCCUCGUAUACAAAUGUGUUUGGAGACAUUGCUCUGAGCAGCACAUUGCGAGCCCCCUCACCCCUCUGAGAGUCAGAGUGUUUCAUUAUGCACAAACAUUCCCAAACAGCACUGUGGACUCUGAAGAGCUGGUACAGUUUUUCUCUGCAGACUGGUCUCAUAAAAGCUCUCUAAGACUGCUACAAUGUGGGACUUUUUUUUUAAACUAUCAAUUUAGAAACAAUUUUUAGAUUUUGCAUUUUAGUGAAAAACUUUUAUCACAACAGAAGAUCCUUUGUAACAAAAAAGUUCUUAUCUGUACAAUUUUUAAGAUGUGUUUGGUAUCAAAGCCAGAAGGCAAACAGAAGCUCCAUAACUUACCACACAUACAGUAUAUUCAACACAACACAAUAGGUAAAACUUUUUCAACAAAGGUUUCAUUUGGUUAUCUUACUAACCAAGAACACUAAAAUAUUACAUUAAUAAAAGCCUCUGUUCUGAUUGUGCCUUUCCAGAUUAAGUGGUCUCUUCAAAACAUAAAUUGUGGGGCUGAAAUUUGAUAGUUUGUAUUUUAUAAGUCUAAAAGAACUAAAAUUUCAUAUUUUUAUAUUCUUUGCUGUCUGACAAACCUUGGCAAGUUACAAAACAAGUUUGAUACAUUCAUCAGUGGAAUUAUUGGGUGACUUACUGCAUUUUUGCAGAUUUGUAUGACUGAUGUGAGGCUUGUUUUUUAUUUCUAUGCAUAAAUAUAUUGAAAGCCAUACAUGACACAUUAUGUGGAUGAAUCUCUCCUGGAAGGAACUGAAACAUUGGUGCUAUUACAAACAGUGUGUCAAAUCAGUCAUUUUUGGGUUUACUGUUUCAUAAAUAAAACCAGGAGAAUUGACA